GAACACUUCAAUGUCAUGAUUCUAUCCCAAGUUCGUCUCAACACUAAUCCCAACAUUCGCCUUUUAUCCUUGACAUCUUGCCUGCAUACUGUACCACAGUCUCAUUGACCCAGAUCUAAUACCAUAUACAGUCUCUCCUUCAAUCUACAUCCACCAUGGCCGACGACAUUGCUCCAGAGUACGAUGUUAUUGUCCUAGGCACAGGGUUGACGGAAUGUGUGCUGUCUGGUGUUUUAUCAGUCAAGGGCAAGAAAGUCCUACAUAUUGACCGCAAUGAUCACUACGGGGGGGAAGCUGCCUCCGUCAACAUCGAAGCUCUCUUCAAGAAAUACGGCAAUUAUCGACAGGGCGAGGAACCAUGGAAAAAAUAUGGCAGAAUCAACGACUGGAACGUUGAUCUCGUCCCAAAGCUAUUGAUGGCCAAUGGCGAACUCACAAACAUCCUCGUGUCCACCGAUGUGACUCGUUAUCUCGAAUUCAAGCAGAUUGCCGGCAGUUUCGUCCAGCAGGGUUCUGGAGCCCGCGCCACCGUCGCCAAAGUCCCUUCUACUGCGACCGAAGCUCUCAGUUCACCUUUGAUGGGACUCUUUGAAAAGAGACGUGCAAAGAAAUUCUUAGAAUGGGUUGGUGCAUUCGAAGACUCGGAUCCGGCUACGCACGGCGGCAUCAACAUAAACAGGGCCAGCAUGAAAGAAGUAUAUGACAAGUUUGGUUUGGAGGCCACCACAAGAGACUUUAUCGGCCACUCAAUGGCUUUAUAUUCCACAGACGAAUACAUCAACACGCCAGGUCAAGCCAAAGAAACGGUCGAACGGAUCCGACUGUAUGCCAACUCGAUGGCACGAUACGGAAAGUCUCCCUACAUCUACCCCCUCUACGGUCUUGGCGAGCUGCCUCAAGGGUUUGCCCGUCUCUCCGCCAUUUAUGGUGGGACUUACAUGCUCAACACUUCGGUAGACGAAUUUCUAUAUGAUGGCAAAAAGAUCAGUGGCAUCAAGGCUACCAUGAAAGAGCGAGGAGAAGAAGGCGACGGCAUGAAGUUCGAGACCAAAACCAAAAUGAUCUUGGGCGAUCCUUCUUACUUCCCCGGGAAAGUCCAAGUGGUCGGUCACCUUCUCAAAGCCAUCUGCAUCUUAAACCACCCCGUCGACAAGACCAACGACGCCGACUCUCUUCAGCUAAUCAUUCCACAAUCUCAAGUUGGCCGAAAACACGACAUCUAUAUUGCGGUUGUUUCUUCGGCGCACAAUGUGUGCCCCAAAGGAUACUAUAUUGCCAUCGUCUCCACCAUUGCCGAAACAUCUGCCAACCAUCACCUUGAACUUGCACCAGGUUUGGAACGACUCGGUCGAAUCGAGGAGAAGUUCCAAGGACCACCUAUUCCCCUGUACCAACCUCUUGAAAGCGGCGUUAAUGACCAUAUUUUCAUCUCCAACAGUUUCGAUGCCUCUAGCCAUUUUGAGACUGUCACAGAGAACGUGAGGGACAUCUAUCAACGAGCAAUGGGUGAGGAGUUGAAGGUGGAGGGCCUGAGAGAGGGACAGACUCUCGCGGAGGAAUGAGAGGCGAGAUUGGCAACUUUGAAGAACGUAUUAAUUGGAAAGCCUUCUCUGUCGGAAUCAAUCGACAAGCCAUUGGGGCAUUGGAUGCAAUGUUUUGAUUCGCGAAGCACCACAAUCUGAAGUAGCGUGAUCGCCACAGGCUUGGAUGGAGAGGCAGACUGAGGAAUGGAUACACAGAGCAAUGCAUGGCGUCCAGGACUUUCCAUUACCGUCACCAUGCAUAAUUGACCGUCGAACUGUAUGUAGAGAACCAGGCAGAGAAUUUUGAUAUCAGCGGAUCUUGUCUGGAUUUG